AUGGAGGCCCUCAUCCGAGUAUCCAACGCUAUCAAAUCCUUUCGGGAGACUCGGCUCAGCGCCCUACGGUCGCCGAGCGAGUUCUUCGACCAUAAUCGCCUUUCCCGCCCCGCCGACAUGAACCAGGCGGUUUCCCGCAUAUCAUACAACACUCGUUAUUUCUCUGGAAAUUAUGGCGUGGUUGUCGCCAUGCUAGCUGUAUAUGCUCUUAUCUCGGAACCCCUGUUGUUGAUAUCGUUAGGAUUUCUCAUCGGUGGCUUUGCAGCAAUCAACAGAUUUGCUGCCGAACCACUUCAAUUCGGUGAACACGUCGUUACACAGAAAACCCUAUAUACUGGCCUGUUCGUCAUCGGCAUUCCCCUGCUAUUGUUCUCGUCGCCGCUCGGUACUUUCUUCUGGCUCGUCGGUGCAUCGUCCGUACUCAUACUCGGACACGCGUGCAUCAUGGAGCCUGGUAUCGAGAGCGAGUAUGCGUCUGUCCAGGAUGCUGUGUAG